CUUAGAAGAAUAGAACUCCCGAAGACAUGUCUCCCAGCGCUUGACUUCUUUGUCAACACUCGCGAGGGUUGCGUCCAUGUAAUCGUCUCUUCUGGGCAAUGGUGCAUCCGGAGUAACUACCCCCUCCCUGAUCAACAAAGUAAUGAGAUCCUCCAGGCGAUUAAGGAGCUCAUCCAUUCCUGGAUGCCUUCUCCCACGAUAUCGUCUGCUCGAGGCAGCAUUUCUUGCCCUCUUUUCUUGCGAAAGUUUGGACCCUGUUUUCAGGUCGAUAUCUAG